AGAGGCGCCUAACCCACGUGUCGAGAUCUAAAUAGAUAAAUAGUGCUGCAAAGAGAAUCCUUAGGCAUGCCGCCGCACACGGCACGCGGUUGUCAGGACAGCCGCAUAACCGCACAGCGCAACACAACUUAUGCCAGUUCCGUCCGAACGCGCAUCUCAAGUAGUCACUGGUCUAAGCCCAAUUUGGCGUGUUCAAUACAUUUCCGCAGAGAUCUCUCCCAUCGAGGUCGUCCCUUCAAGACCUACCACUUCGCGCAAUCUUCAACUCCGGCUCACGAACUCGACCAUGGACCGCUCCUCGCCGCUGGCUGCGAUGCCUCCGCCGUCUGCCUUUGGCGCGCUAUUCCGUGCACGCACUCACACUCACCAGGUUUCUUUGCCCUCGGUGCGCGACUUCGACUCUCCAACGUCCACUCUUGCGGCAGAUCUUUCUCAAAAUUUCCACAUCAACCGCUCCUCCCCGGUGACCGCCACUCCCCGCCGCUCUCUGAUGCAGUCCUUUUCUUUCGGAAAGGCUGCUUGCGACAAAACACCGCCUGUGAAUCUGCAUUCGUCGCCGUCUGCUGAUGGUAGCGAUCUUUCGCCGCUGCCUCAUAAACCUCUCACCAGACCUCCCAUCCAAAGGCAAGCCUCCCGCGGGCAUAAUGGCUCCGGAGCAUUCACCAAUCCUCUUGCAGACGAUCUUGAUCGAGCCUUUGACGAUAGCCCCUACGCUUCUCGUACGGUUGCGCUGGGGCUUGAUGCGCCUAGGGCCCCUGCAGUCUCUUCACUUAAUGGGGGAUUUCGGCCAGCAUUCCGGCAGUCUGCUUCUGCAGACUCGGAUUCACCACUCUCUGGUCUUGCGACGCGUCCUGCUCAUCGUCCUAAUCGGAAAAUGCGUCGCACUCAGAGCAUGUUUCAGAAACCGGAGGAGUUCGUGGCUGCGGUGUCGCCUCACUACGAGCCCGACUACGGAAAUGUCAAUCUUCCCUCACUUCCCGCUAAAGAUGCCGCUCCCUUUCGUUAUAUUACUCCAAACACCAUGAUUGAUGUCUUAGAAGGAAAGUACGCAAACAGUUACGAUCGUCUUGUUGUGAUCGACUGUCGCUUUGAGUACGAGUAUCAAGGGGGCCACAUCGAUGGUGCAAUCAACCUCAACGGUGCUCAAGAACUUGAAGAGCACUUUCUGAGCAAAAGGCAUGAGGGACGCUAUCUACUUAUCUUUCACUGUGAAUACUCUCAUGAGCGCGCUCCCCGAAUGGCUUGUCAUCUACGCGCGUGUGAUCGCCAAAAGAAUCUGAAUGCUUAUCCCAAGCUUGACUUCCCUGACGUCUAUAUCCUCGAGGGAGGAUAUCAAAAUUUCUUUGCAACUUAUCGCAGUCGAUGCAAACCGCAGCAAUACGUGAAGAUGAGCAAUGAGCGUUUCUCGCAUGAAUGUGAGCGCGAGAUGAAUCGCUUCCGCAAAAGUAUGAAGCGAACGGCGACGUUCGCUGGUUCAACCGCUGGCACUUCUCUUUUCUCCGGGGCAUCUCAGUCUUCAUCAUUCAGUUUUCCUCUUCCUAGAGCAUCGAGCUAUUCUUUCCAGGCCCCUACAACAAACUAUUUCAGUCCUUCGAAUGCCUUCACACCCGCGCGUGACAUCGAGAUGAACGACAAUGAUGAUGUCAACGCAUAUGCCAAGUCGCCUCUAUAACUUAUCUGAUAUGUCUUCUCCAGGAAGGUUGUUUUGGAGCAAUCGGGUUUUGGCGUUCAGCGUGUUUCAUGUGAAGGAUUUUAUCAAAAUUUACAGUUGGGUUCCCACAAGGCGAAAGCAAUACCCAUAGUGCUGGUAUCCCCAGCAUGAGGAUCUAUCUACUCCUAUCCAUAUUUCCACUGCAUUUAUCAG